CUGGUCGCGGCGUCUGGUCGUGACAGGGUUCGCCGGAAACCGCAGUUCACGCGUGAACAAGGGUCGCCGGAAUUCUUCGAGAGAUGGAGGCGGCGCUGGGCAGCGACUCACGGCGUGGGAGGAGAGCGGGUCGUGGCGUUGCUGGGGUCUCGUCGCAGAGGGCUCGCGACUGGUUCUGAUCGAAUUUCGCAGGUCCACGCGGAGGAUACUCGCCGGCGGGAGGCUCGCGGCGUCAGAUUUGCAGAGACUCGCGGCUUGCUGCUCGCGAACAGAGAUGCGUUCACGGCGGAGGACUUGCGAGCAGGCGACGGUCGGGGGUAUUGCGCGGCGGAGGGGCUCGCCGGCGAUUGGUCUGCGCGUUGA